GCUGCAGAAUUUUUCGAUGGUUUUUAUGUCGGUGGACAUCGAGGCUCACCAGCUAUUGCUCCGGAAAAUACAAUUGAAUCGUUUGAAAAAGCAAAAUUAUCGAAGACAGACUUAGUUGAAUUCGAUUUAACAUUGACGAAAGAUGGUACUGUCGUGAUUAUUCACGACAGCGAUCUGAUGAGAACAUGCGGUGAACCCGGUCUUGUGGCGUCGUUUACGUUUGAAGAGUUGAAAACGAAAAAUGCAGGGAAAACAUUUUGUAAUAACCGUUCGCAGUCAAAAAUUUACCGUAUUCCGACACUCAAGGCAGCGGUGGAAUAUUGCUGCGAAAACAACAUGAAAAUGUUGUUCGAUGUGAAAGAUUUCAGUGGUGAGGUGCGCGCGGUUUCUUUAACCCUUAAUGCUUUAAUAUCUUGA